GACCGCUACAGUCGCUAAGCGAGGACGAAUCGAGCCACGUUACAGUGGAAGACAAGUCGUGUCAACGACACGCUCGCUCUGUGCGCCGCCAUGUUAGACCGGAAGCACGUGACCGCCCUCGCUCCACAACAAGGAAGUAGCUGCUGUGCGUGUCGGUUGCUGCGCAACCCCCGCGUCCGUCCGUGAAGUCGUCGGUAAUCGACUAGAUGAAAAAAAAAAACAGCCGAACAUUUAAAAAAAACAAACCUUAACGUAUAUUAUUUGCGCACUCCUGUGGGACUACACCUGUUCGUGCCUGUUUUGUGACGUUGCCGUAGCAACCAACAUAAACGCAGAGUGACAGCCAGCAAAAGGGAGGGCGACGCGUGAGCGUCACAGUAAAGUGGAGGCGACGUGUCUCCAGUCGAGUGGAGCUUAGACCCUCUUGGAAAAGGGUCUGUCCGGAUAAGAUGGCAAAAUUUGUGCUUGCUGGUAAAACGGACUGCCCUUAUUACGCCAAAGCGGAACUUUUAGCAGACACUCUCCAGCAUUCUCUGCCAAACUUCAAGAUCCAUAAGAUAUCCAUCCUCCCAGAUGAAUGGGAGGAAUGGCUGGAAGCCAUCUGCAAAAGAAAUGGCUGGAAACACGAGGAGUCCCCUUUGGUUUGGAGGGACCUGGUGGACCAAGGGGGCAAAGGGAUGCUCUUAGGGGGGCUCUGUGACUUUAUUGAGCAUUGUCAGGACUACUACAACAUCACAUCGGACAUGCCUACAGAUGUGAUGCUGAGUAUUGCCGCAGAGAAUCUGGAGACCAAGAUGAACCUCAUUGUGGAGGAGCAGCUUCGUGCCAGUCUCUUCAAACCUCUUCACAUAUGGAUCAGCAGUGCUCUCAGCCCAACCUGCGAGAUCCUGAUCCCCAAUCUGUUCUCCGCUGAAGUGUUCCGCUGUGUUGCAAUCAGCCUUCACCUACUGGACCUCAAGGCGGACAAUGAGGGAAUGCAGGGGCUGAAAAUGGAGGUGGAGGAUCUGGCACUCCCUCUGCUCCAUCAGGUAAGCAUUCACACAGAUCUGGAGCAUGCCUUCCGAGAAGCAGAUGUCAUCCUCCUGCUGGAAGAGCAAUGGUCUGGUGACGACGAUGCGGAGAACGAGGGCGAGCAGGAACAGAAAAAGAAGCAAGUCAAGGAAAUCUCAGAUCGCUACACAGAGUACGGACGACUGAUUAACACACGGGCCAACAAGGAGGUGAAGGUCAUCGUGUCCGGCGACUCGUUCGUCAACCUGAGGUGUUCGCUUCUCACCGACAAUGCCAGCUUCAUCGACAGCGAUCAGUUUGUCGCCAUGGCAACUCAACUGGAGAAUGAAGCCAGGGCCAUAAUUGCAAAGGAGCUGAGAGUCAAGACGUCAGAUGUGACAGAUGUCAUUGUGUGGGGAAACAUCAGCGGUAGUUUCUACAUUGACCUGCAGAGGACAAAGGUUUUCAACUUCAACGGGGCGAUUAAAGGACCAGCUUUCUUUUCUCAGUCACUCUCUAAGAUUGUCCAUGACAGGAAAUGGUUUGAGACAAGCUUUCAAGACUUGGUGCGCUGUCAGCGUGCAGCGGUGGCAUCAAAGACCUGCCAGGCCGCAGCCAUGUCUGCUGCAAAUGGGAUCCUCACCAUCCUGAAGGCCUGGAAUGGCACUUGUAGUCCAGAUGAAGUCUUCUCCCUGGGUGUAGUAUGUCCAGGCAGAAACAUUGCCAAUGGCGACUACGACUUCCCCGAUGGCAUCGUCCUCUCGGUUCCAGUUGCCUUCACAGACUGUAAAUGGUCAGUGCUCUUCGAUGUGGCUGUUGGUGAAGAGCUGAAGGAGAGGCUUCAGCUUUCUGCUCGUGAACUGCAGGAAGAAAAAGAACUUGGAUCAGAGGAUUGUGAAAGUGAAAAUUAAAAAACCGACCACACAGACCACAAAACACAGGUUUUCCGUAGACGAGAAAGGAAACGAUUCAGAUACAUGUCAGGUUUGUUUCAGUUUGUUCUUUUAUUCUCUUUAGUUUCACAUAUGGAGUUUUUUUCUGUUUCUUUUUUUUACCAGUUUAAUAACGACAAUAAAACUUUUCUGCUUUGUGAAACUCACCCAUAGCUGUUAUAUGUUAAGAUGUAAAAGAUCAAACUGAGUACUUUAUGGAAAAGGGAGAAAUUAGAAAAUAUAUUCCUUUUUUUUUUUAAUUGUACAGUUCUGUAAGUGUCUUUUAAUAUAGUUCAAGAAGCCGUAUUUGAAGCAUUAAACACAAUACUAACUUGCA